GAAUUCAUUUGGUGCAAGAAACAGAAAUCAGAACGAGAGACGAGAGAGAGGAGAGGAUGGGAAGGGAGGGCAAGGAGCCUUGCAAGAAAGUGGCAUGCGAUAUUCAGGCCUGUCUCUCGAAGAACAAUUUCCUACCUCAAAGGUGCAGAAAAGUGAUAGAAUUACUGGAAUUGUGCUGUGAGAGAUGCAAUUACAAUUCUACACAUUGCGCUUCCGUUGCUGAUCUGCUCAAGCAAAUCAGGAAGUAAGCCACUUUUUGCACAAACCAGAGUGCAGAUUCACCGAAGCAGAAUCCAUCUUUUCAUUGGUGCUGAAACAAUUUUUGAUGGCAAUUGUCUUUGCCUAUGGUGUGUUUGUUCCAGAAGAGAAGCCUUCUUUGCCUGCUCUUCUUGCUGCAUUGCCUUCUCCUAACAAAUUUUGCAAUUUUAUACAUGCAUGUCUGUAUAUAUCUCUCACCAGACAAUUUUAUUCCCCAUGGAAUUACUUGAACUGAGGAAUAUUCUCUCUUCUUUCAAAUAAAUCCCUCUCUGAAUUGAAUUCUAAUCUUUUUUUUACCUAAGUAUGGAUUAAGAGCCAAGGUAAGAGAGAGACUUUCUUUUGGUCCACUUUUCCCCCAUCCAUGAAUUUGGAGUUAAGAUGUAUAUUCGUGUAUUGAAAAGAUAGGAAUAGGGAUAUAUCAAUUAUCAUCCGAUUCAUGACGUUGUUGUUUGUAAAAGUAUGAUAAGAAAAUUUGUUGAUAUA